UUCGGCCCCUCACGCGCUGCAUUCAGAAGACGCAGCAGCGAAAGGGAAAAUAAUCGCACGCGAAGAAUCGGAGCCGCCGCCACAUUUUCCUCGGGCGAGGAGAAAGCGGGACGGUGUCAGAAGCCCCGCCGGGAAGCUUUUUUUCUUCCCCUUUGAACCCCUCAUCUCAUUGCGCCGGAAGGACUCCGGCCCGGAAGGGUGUGGCGUGCGCACGCGCCAUGCGGGGUGACCUUCCCCACAUGUGCGAGUUCCCUGGGUCGCGAGCGCGUGCGGCGGGAGCGCGCGGGAGCCGAAAAGAGAGCAGCCGCAGCAGGCGCCAUGGCAGCACAGGCCUUUAAGAAAUUCCUUCCACUCUUUGACCGGGUCCUGGUUGAAAGAUGUGCAGCGGAGACUGUCACCAAAGGCGGCAUCAUGCUCCCAGAGAAGUCACAAGGGAAAGUGCUUCAGGCCACUGUGGUGGCAGUUGGGUCAGGCUCUAAAACAAAGAAUGGAGACCUGCAGCCAGUUAGUGUAAAAGUUGGCGAGAAGGUUUUACUACCAGAAUAUGGUGGUACAAAGGUCAUGUUGGAUGACAAGGACUAUUUCAUCUUCCGGGAUGGUGACAUUCUUGGAAAAUACCUUGACUGAACUCUUCUGGUUGCUGCAAUAUUAUGAAGCUGUCAUUCCGCCAAUUCUGCUCAAAAGAUUUUUUCCAUCAUGUAAAUAAUGUCCUUAUUUUCUAAUAAAUGUGAAGUUGAUCAAAUAACAAUCUUUGUGGCCUAAAAAUAAAAUCUGUAUUCUCCAGUAAA